AUUAAUACACAAUACACAGAAUUUACUUACUCUUUAUAUUUUGCUAUUCUAUUUACCGACUUCACUCAAAGGGCCCCGAUGAAUGUAGGAUUUCAGCGUGUUUUUGCUCACACUUUUUUUUUGCGUUCGAGCCAAUGCUCACAGGUCCGUAAGAUUACCGUCACACCUUUUCAAAUAUCCAUUCUAUAUUGUUUUGUUUUGGACCCUUUACCGCUGUGCCAAGCUAAGCUCAUGUACUAGUCAGAUUCAUAAUCGAUUGUGCUUUCAAAAGCUCAAUGAACAAACAAAUAAGAGGAUCAGUUACCAAGCAAAGUCAGACAUCGAAUACCCUCCCUUCUCUACGUGCGUUUUACAUAGUCGUUUUGGAUUUCAUCGUGUGUGGAAUAUUCUAGCGGGGGCUCGGCGGGGGCUUUCGAGACUUACGCGCGCGACUCACGCGCCUACUUGUUAUUCUGACCACGUGAGGCGAGUGUCAGCGAGUAUAAGUAAUUCGAAACAACCGGCUUACAGCUUAUUCUGCAGAUGUCAUGACGAGAUCAACAGCUUGCACCAACACGUCGUCUUUCAGAAGACCAUUUAUCCUUUCACAUAGUCUUAAACAGAGCUGUGAAUUACUAAGCUACGGAUCGCACUAAUUUUUCCGAAGGUUAGCGUUAGACUGGGGACGAUUUGGCGGUGGCUAGAGACGAUUUGGCGGACUCAUUUACUGGCGAAUUGGGUAAUCUAAAACUGUGGGAACUCAAGACAAAAGUGGCACAAGUAGAAGCGCCAAAUUAUGGUUUAUUACUGCCGGUUAGUCGUGUGAUGGCUAAAUUGAAUUGUUACCCUUAACAUCGGUCUCUUGGAUACUUCUCCGGCAACCCGCUACAUUACAAACCACUGUGCAAAUAGCGGCGCGCUUUAUAAGCACGCUUGAUAAAGGGGUUGGUUACCUGGUGUCACGUUAAGCUCGUCUUGCUGCCGCGAGCACAAACCCGCGAUGAAUGCGAGCAGCGUUAACUCGAGCGACGGAGGUGGUUCGCCGUGCCAAGUGCAUCCAGACUCUAACGCUGUGACGGCGCUCAAGACAUUCGCGUACUGCUUCAUCAUCAUUUUCUCGCUCGUAGGAAACACGCUCGUCAUACUAGUCGUGUGGAAGGUACGGCGGAUGGGGAAUAACACUAACAGGUUCAUUGUGAACAUGUGUAUCUCCGAUCUCAUGGUCACCCUGUGCGUUCUACCCCCUACCAUACACAGCAUCUACUAUGAUAGCUGGUUGAUGUCUGGGCCGGUCGGCGAAGCGCUCUGUAAGCUCAUCCCGUUCAUCCAGGACGUGUCCGCUGCUGUGUCGAUCUUCAGCAUGACCGCUAUCUCGCUGGACCGCUUCUAUGCUAUCGUGCUUCCCAUGCGCACGCAUUUUAUGACCAAGCGCGGAUGCCAUAUUUCCAUAGGUGUUAUCUGGCUUUUCGCGUCCGCCAUUCACUUCCCCUACCUCCUGAUUCUGCGCUUGAGGGAGUUUAACAAUGAAAGCCACUGCUACAUGAAUUGGGCCAACCUUGCUGCGUCUUUAGACAACAAGCAAAGCCAGCGGAUCUACUACCCCGUGCAGUUCGUUCUGCUCUACUUGCUUCCCCUACUUGUAAUCAGCGUGUUGUAUUCUGGCGUGAUUUGGGAGUUGUCGAGGAAUCGCCAGUUGAUUGACCAAGAGCAGCGACGGAUUCGCGACAAGGAGAAUAGGGAAGUCGCUGUUAUGCUCAUAGUCGUCGUGCUGUUUUUCGCCGCAAGCUGGGCACCGCUCAAUGCCGUGGCGUUCUUGAUUUUCUUCACCUGGAACUGGCAGCCGCCCUGUUAUAUCCGCACUUUUAAAUUUGUGGCUGACUUCUUAGUGCACUCAAAUUGCGCGCAGAAUUCCUUUAUCUAUUUCAUGUUUAACAUGCGGUUUCGGCGUGGACUUAAGCAGGUCGUAUCUACCUACUGCGAUCCAGCAAGCGCUCGACCCCAGUUGGACAAUACACAGGAAAGCUACUCAUUUAGGAAGAACAACGAGAUUCAAAGCAAGAAAACCAACUCGAUUCAUUUGCAGAAACUGUAAGAAAAAAGCUGUAAGUGAUCAUCUCGUUGAGCGCAGUAAUCAAGAUAAUAAUUAUAAUCUGAACUAUAAACGUUUAUUUCAUUACCUCAUUUGGCCUAUUAUCGCCUAUUUGUUUUUCUAGGCAAAUUAAAAUGCCCUUGAGAUCAAUCUUUUUCUGAUUUCCAAGAUGUGCUCGACCGCAGUCCGUGCAAACUGUACUACUGGCUGACAUCCAAUAUUUCUUCUAUUACCUUUUUUCACUAUCUCAUUUUCCUUGGACGUUUUUUAAUCUUGUUUUUAUUAUCCAAUUCAUGAAUUCUAUUGUUUAAGAGUAAACGAUGUUGUACUGACAUUGAAGAAGAAAGCACCUCGCUAGGCUUUCAUUAAAAGGGAAAUAAAAUGCAAAUCGUCAGGUUAUAUUUGCAUUUGUAAAAUCUAAUUUACAGCACAGCUUAAAGACGAUGGGUCUUGGUAAAAUUGGAGCGUUGCGCCCGUCAUGUUAGAUUUCUUAAGUGCGCUUCAGGAGUACAUGUAUUAUUGCUAAAAUAAACAACUUAACUACUGG